GGAACUGCUGCACCUGAACCUGAGGCCUCAUCCUGCUGAAGGGCAAUGAGGCCUCCACAUUUCAACUUUAUAUUAAUCACAUUUAUACAACCCAAAUUCACAAAACACACUUUUCCUCAUGAGUGUUUUUUACAAUCUGUACACGGUGCAAACGUCCUCUGUCCUUAUGUAAUAAUACAAUACAAUAACAACAUGAUCUACAUUGGAAAACAACAUGUAUUUAGGUAUUUGUUCAUUUAAUGUGCUCAAAUCUAAAAUCAGCUCCUAUAAAACACAUGUUCGGCUGAGAGAGGGGGAACACUGUGUGCACACUGAACAUCUGGAUGGGGGCGCUGUGACAAUAAAUGCCCAGAGAGCGUGGCGCUAUACAUCUGACACAGGAGAAUUAUAGAGUUAAUGGUAUUUGGCAUGACAGGGAGAGGGAGCGGGGAGCGCAGAGCCGAGCCUGGAUGCAGUCUCAUCCUGUUUAGCAUUCACCGUGCGCAGCGCCUGGAGGCCCCGGAGGGCUCACCUGCCCGGAGUCUAGACGCACCAGCACGGAUCGAACCGCCGUCCGCCGGCCUCACGGUCCCGGGAAAGAAGAAGAAGAAGGAGGAAGAGGAGGAGGCUCCAGGAGCAGCGGCCUGAGGGAGAAGACACCCCGGUGAGCGGUGAGGGUGAGUGGGGCUGAGUGGGUGGACUCGGUGGGUGGGGCUCAGACAGUCGGGUCGGCUGGGGACGCUGCCUGUCUACCUGCAGCGGCUCAGACCUGUAAUCCAUUACUCACCCCGAUGUAAUCCCAUUACUUUCACUUUCUUCAUCACGUUACAUUCUGCUCUGAAUCAUCCGCAGAUGUUGACAUUAUAUUCUAUUACAUGCGUAACACUGAAUUACAUUUUUACACGUUACAUUUAUGCAUAUAUUAUACUUGACAUGCAUUACAUGACUUCACACUUGAACAUACAUGACUUCACACUUGAACAUACAUGAGACAAUGAAUCGCACUCCUGCUCUGUUAUCUGUUGAUUCGUUACAUUACAUUUUUACACGUAUGACACAUUAUGUUUAAAAGAAGAUUAAAAAAAGUUUUAUAAGCAUUGUUCGCUGAAAUGUGCACGAGGUGCAGUUGUGGUGAGACAGUCUCCCCACCUGUCUGUCUGUCUGUCUGUCUGUCUGUCUGUGUGAUCGGUGGCUCUGUGAUCUGUCUGCAGCCCCUGGGAGAGUACCCCCCCCCCCCAUCGUCCUCGAUGGCUCGGUGCUCUCCCUCCUCGCCUGCAUGUGUGCGUGCGUGCCCGCGUCCAGUGUGUGUAUGAGUCGGUGUUUGUGCUCCGGCUGCUGGUUCCCGGUGCACGGUCACAAUGAAUGGCUGCCUGUGAGCGGAGGGAGACGCUAGACCCGCUCUCACUUCUCCUUCUUCUUCUCCUUCUCCUCCGGCGGCUGCUCCUCCUCCAUUGAAUCACUUUCCAGCGGAUUACGCACAGCCCAAGGAGGGACCCUGUGGUGCUGGGCAGAGCGUUAUGGCUCAGACGCUGCAGAUGGCGAUCCCUAACUUUGGCAACAACGUCCUGGAGUGUUUGAACGAACAGCGGCUGCAGGGGCUAUACUGUGAUGUCUCUGUGGUCGUCAAGGGACAAGCCUUCAAGGCCCACCGUGCGGUUCUGGCAGCCAGCAGCUCGUACUUCCGGGAUCUGUUCAACGCCGGUGGUAAAAGCUCGGUGGUGGAGCUGCCCCCGGCAGUGCAGCCGCAGAGCUUCCAGCAGAUCCUGGCCUUCUGCUACACAGGACGCCUCAGCAUGAACGUUGGAGACCAGUUCCUGCUCAUGUACACCGCCGGCUUCCUCCAGAUCCAACAGAUCAUGGAGAAAGGCACAGAGUUCUUCCUCAAGGUCUCAUCUCCAAGCUGUGACUCCCAGGGUCUCCACACUGAGGAGACCCCGCCCUCUGAGCCUCAGAGCCCCGUCACUCAAACAGUGGGAGGGGGCGGAGUCGGUGUUGUCGCCACGGCCACAGGGAGGCCCUCCUCUUGUCUUACACCCCUCCCCCUGGUGUCCAAGGUAAAGACGGAACAGACGUCGACCACUCCUCAGACCACCCCCCACCCGCAGCAGCAGGAGGGCUCCCCCUACUCGGUGGUCUGCACCCCUGUGGCCAAGCGGCUGUGGGAAGGGGGCAGCCGUGAUGGGGGCGGGGGGUCUGGGGGGGGCGGUGGAGGCGGAAUGAGGAAGGCUGCACGCUAUUCUUCCUCCUCUUCCUCCUCUUCCUCUUCUAACAACACUACCCAGGAUGCCUCUGGUCGUGGACCUGCAUCUGGCAACGCUGUGAUGGUGGGCGGCGGCAUCACUUCAGUGGGAGGAGCCGGACUCAACAGCAACCAUAACAACAAUAACCACAACAAUGGCGGAACCCCAGAGGGCACGAGCCCGGGCACGCUGAGCAUGUACACCAGUGACUCGCCAAUCAGUUACCACGACGACGAGGAAGAGGACGACGUGGCGGAUGAGAGCGCCGAAGAGCAGUACAGACAGAUCUGCAACAUGUACACCAUGUACAGCAUGCUGAAUGCCGGAGCAGCGGUGGUCGGGGAGAGGGUGGAGGCUCUGCCGGACCUGGCCCCAGACUCGGGCGGUGGGCGGGGCGGCAGGGGGGGACGUUCCCGGCAGGACCUGGCGUCACUGCCCGCCGAGCUCAUCAGCCAGAUCGGCAACCGCUGCCACCCGAAGCUGUACGAGGAGGGCGACCCGGCCGAGAAGCUGGAGCUGGUGAGCGGCACGUCCGUGUUCAUCUCCCGUGCACAGCUCAUGAACUGCCACGUCAGCGCCGGCACCCGCCACAAAGUGUUGCUCAGACGCCUGCUGGCGGCGUUCUUUGACAGGAGCACUCUGGCAAACAGCUGUGGAACAGGAAUCCGCUCUUCAACCAACGAUCCGAGUCGUAAACCCCUGGACAACAGAGUUCUGCACGCUGUCAAAUUUUACUGCCAGAACUUUGCACCGAGCUUCAAGGAGAGCGAGAUGAAUGCCAUCGCGGCCGAUAUGUGCACCAAUGCUCGUCGCGUCGUCCGCAAGAGCUGGAUCCCCAAGCUUAAACUGCUGAUGGCCGACAGUGACGCCUACUCCGCCUUCCUGGCCGACAGCGUGAAGAUGGAGGCCGACGGUCUGGGGGCGGAGCAAGGCUUUGACCCCGCCUCCCUAGAGGCCGUGGCGGCGGCAGCGGCGGCCGCCAACAGUCACGAAUCAGGAGGUGGAGCCACGCCAGCAGACGCCCUUCAAGGGGCGGUAGGAGACGGCAGCACUUUGUUUUGAGUGAGUGAACGGACAGAUAGAUGGAUGGACAGAUGGACAGAUUGACGGGGGGAGGGAUGGCAUUUCGGUGGUGUUGGCCCCUCUUUGGUCAGACGACAGUUGUCACUCCUCCCUGAGCCGCCAUUUGAUUGGGGAUGUGUUUCUUCUUUUAAACCUCUUUUGGUCAUUUUGUUCUGCUUUCCAUCUUUUUGUUUGUCCACAUUUCCAUCUCUCUCCACAACCGCGAACGCCUCAUUUGGGGUAGUUCCUCCUUCCUGUUCUGGUGGAGAGAGAUAGAAAGACCACGGGGAAAGAAAGGUGGCAGCCUGAGGACGACCCCCCCCCCCCCCAGCUCCUCAUUCCUCUGCGACCUUUCCAGACCUGAUAGUUUAAGCCUUUAUUUUUUUAUGUGUACCGUCACUGAGGCUCUUUUUCUGACCAUAAUCAAUCACAGACAUUCCCUGGGGCGGGGGCGGGGGGGAGGGAGGGUUGAACCCUGUAUUCGAGUGAUGUUUCCUUUUCCAAACUCCAGUAACACUGUAGUUUUUGAUAAUGAAUGUAUGCGUGGCGAAGCAUCCCAACCGCAGCGUCGUGAGUUAGUGGAGGCAGAGUGAGAUUGUACAGAACCCGUUCCUUUUCUCCGUUUAUCACUUUUUAGUUUUGCUUGAUUUCAUGUAGACGCCCAGAUGGAAGCUUCUCUGAAAAGCGUGGGGUUGACGAGGUCAGGGGUUGAAAUUAAUAUUAAUAUGUAUAUUGGCAUGGUUUAUGAUCGCCCCGCACCCCACCAACCCUGCUCUUUAACUCCUGCUGGGCAUGCUGGGAAACUUAACGACCAGCCGCAGGAGAAAUACUGCUGAAUUCUGAGCAGCAGCAUUUUUAGCUGCUGGUGAGUGCCAGUUUUGGUGGCAGGUUUAAAAAAAGAUUUGUUGGACUAAAACCUUUUACCCGUUAAUCUCCUUUACUUUUUGACCCUUAAGGAGAAAAAUAUUUCAGUUUUUCUACCUUUUCUGUUAAAGUUUGUUCCUUAAGUGUGCGAGUUUUGCCAAGGCUCCUUGUUGCUGAUGAUUGUCAAAGAGUUUGCACUGUGUUAUUUCCUGCGGUAUGAGAACAAUCGAACUAUGUUUUUUGUACGUUAAAAGAAAGAGAGGAGGGGUGGUUUUAUUUAAAAAACGAAAAAUACGAAAAAAUACGAGCUAAAAUCCAAUUAUAUCUGUUUAACACCCGUUUUAUUUUAAAAAAUCGGAAGGAAAGUCAAGAAAUAUCUGAAAGCAAGUUUCCUCCUGUGAGCUUAGGAAUGAGAAGUGUGUGUGUGUGUGUGUGUGUGUGUGUGUGUGUGUGUGUGUGUGUGNUGUGUG